CUUCAAUGUAUCCACACCACACCCAGACACACACGUGCAUACAAGCAUGGCCAUCCCGGCCGCCUUUCCUUUCACCAGUCCAUUGCGUUGAGGUUGACGCUAUGCAGCUGGCCCUCGUCACACAACUGAUGGAAGGCCACGCCGUUGUCUGAGUUGUAGAUGCCGCCACCGCCCAGCAUCACACCGUGCACAUGGACGCCCUGCCGCUCACGGGCAACAUUCAGACGAUCCACCAUCCUGACACAUACACACACACACACACACGUUGUAGUUGAUCGAUCUGCCUAUCUUGUUUCUUCUUCUCUGUGUGUGUUGUGUGGGGUGGUGUACGUGUCGUUGAGUGCGAAGACGCCGUCCGAGACGAGCACAAUGUCAGCAUUCCUGAACGGCUCCUCCUGCUCGAUCAAAUCUGAGGGAGGAAGGAGGGGAGGGGAGGAACGAUCCACACGACACGACACGACAACCACUCACUCACUCAACACCACACGCCCCUCCCACCACCCACCGCCCACUCACCCAUGGCCAUGUCCAUCGGCUGCCUCAGAUCCGUCCCGCCACCGAACCGCCCGCACAGCAGAUCGAACAGCGCCCUCAGACCAGCCACACGCCCCUGGUGGCUCUCCAUCCCGCCGACGCCUGUCCGUGUGCCCUGCGGCAUCACCAGCACCCGCCGCGGCACGUCGACAGCACCCGAGAAGGCGAGAAGGGCCAACGGCCGACACUCUUGCAUCGCCCGUGAGGCGAGCAGGAAAGUGAUGGUCUUGGCCGCCAGCUCAGGUUGGCCGAUCAUCGAAGCAGAUGUGUCCAGACAGAGGACGAAGGCACCGCCGCCCUCUGGCACGACGGCCUCCAUGGCGGCGCGGUCUCUGAGCUCCAUGGCGACUCUCCCCUCCAU